GAAUCGAGCCACAGCAGAUCGACAGACACCGUCCUGAUCGAGUUGCAGUUUCUCCAUCCUCCGACUGAACCAUGUCUGGAAACAAGAACGGACCCCCCACCACUUCUCAAAAGCACCUGAACUUUGUCUCGGAGCCGAUGGGAAACCGGUCUGUGAGGGAUGUACCGGGGAUCGGAACCGCACACGGACUCACGUUGGAGGAGAAGGGCAUGCCUAGGGCUGACCAGUUGUUGGGUGAUUACCUGAAGGGAGGUCGGGACCAAGACAAGUUCCAGGACAAUCUGAAGAAUACCACAGGGGCCAACACCAAGCAACAGAGAGACGCCUACAAUGGAAUGAGAGAGUGGACCGACAACAACCUGUAGAGGAGAGGAGACACUCCUCAUUCCUCUCUCUCUCUCUCUCUCUCUCUCUCUCUCUCUCUCUCUCUCUCUCUCUCUCUCUCUCUCUCUCUCUCUCUCUCUCUCUCUCUCUCUCUCUCUCUCUCUCUCUCUCUCUCUCGCCCUCUCUCUCUCUCUCGCCCUCUCUCUCUCUCUCUCGCCCUCUCUCUCUCUCUCUCGCCCUCUCUCUCAUAUAUUCCUGACAAGGCCUUUAGUCACAGAAUAGUAUGACCUCUGCUUGUACCCAAGAUAAAAUAUUUGCUAUUCAUGUAUUCUGUUGUGGAAUAAAUCUGGAAUUAAAUUGU